AUGGGUGAGAAAGGCGGUCCGCCAAGCCCACCGAAAGCUUACACCAGCUCAGGCACAAUGAGCCCCAAGAGGAAUUCGGAUGAGGUGAAGCCACUACCGAGUGCGAAAACAAAGCUAGGGUUUUCAAAGUUCAUGAACAGUAUGCUUGGGUCGAAGAGAGUAGAAAUCUCACACCCCACAAAUCCAGUUCAUGUCACCCACGUGGGGUUCAAUUUCGUCACGGGAGAGUUUACCGGAUUACCCAAAGAAUGGCAGCGAUUAUUACAGGAAAGCGGAAUAACGAAAAAGGAGCAAGAGCAGAACCCCCAGGCUGUUAUGGAUAUUGUCGCAUUCUACAGCGAUGUCAGGGGCGGUAAAGGUGAUGAUGGAGUUUGGAAGAAGAUUCCUCAACAGCUGGAAAAUGAGAUGCUACAGCAGCAGCAGCUGCAGCAGCAACAACUACAGCAGCUACAGCUACAGCAACAGCAGCAGCAGCAGCUUCCUCCGCAUGUUGGAUCCCCGACCCCUGCGCAAACCCCAACGAUGGUCAGCCCACCCUUGAUGAGUCCUCCUAUAAGUCCUCGAUUUCCUUCGAACCAUGAGUUCAGCUUUGAAAACCCUCGAGCACCCCCUCCAGUCCCUAGUAAAUCUCGGGGCCCGGGGCCUAUGUCGCCCGUGCUUCCACGAGAAACAAACUCGAUUGUUCCCAAUCGUCCAGCGCCUCGACCUCCUGCUUCCCCACCUCGGGAAGUUAGUAAAGUAGGUCACUAUAGCUUACAGUCAAGGCCACCAGUAACACCGGCACCGACGCCUCAACAGCUCCAACAAAUCACUUAUGUGCAAUCACCAGUUGAGCAAUUGCAACAGGACACAUACCAACCUCACGAUGAAUAUGACUUUAUAUCUGCGCCAAGCUCUAACUCUCCCAUAAUACAUCAAAGUCGGAUUCCCAGGGAUGAAUCACCCCCCAGAAAUGUAGAUCCAUUCAGACAUCAAUCAAGUAGUGCUUAUGCCACAGCAAAAACAACAAAGUCGCCUGUUUUCACACAAGCCCAUUUCCAGCAACACCAUCCGUCUCAGCCACAUGGAUCACCCCAUGCGGAAUACGUUGAAUCUCAACAUCUCCAACGUGCGCCUUCAACCCAGCAAAAGCUUAGCCAUAGUCACUCCCAGAACCAGCACCAAACUCAAGGAGGAAAUGUGGGACCAGUUCCGGUACAGCGACGUCACAACAGGAAGCAGCCUAGCAGUAGCAUCGAUAUCGUGACCCGUUUAAACGCUAUUUGUACAAACGCCGAUCCCACAAAGCUUUAUCGCAGCCUGAACAAAAUUGGCCAGGGAGCUUCUGGCGGCGUGUAUACAGCUUACCAAGUCGGGUCAAAUCGCUCUGUGGCUAUCAAACAAAUGAAUCUGGAACAGCAACCUAAAAAGGAUCUGAUUAUCAACGAAAUUCUAGUCAUGAAGGAUAGCAAACAUAAGAACAUUGUAAACUUCAUGGAUAGCUUCCUUCAUAAAGGAGACUUGUGGGUUGUGAUGGAAUAUAUGGAGGGAGGAAGCUUGACAGAUGUCGUUACUUUCAACAUUAUGUCCGAGGGCCAAAUUGCAGCUGUCUGCAGAGAGACUCUUCAAGGCUUACAACAUUUGCAUUCCAAGGGUGUCAUCCAUAGAGACAUCAAGUCCGACAAUAUUCUAUUAUCACUUGAAGGUCACAUCAAACUGACCGAUUUCGGGUUUUGCGCGCAAAUAAACGAGGCCAUGAUGAAAAGAACCACCAUGGUAGGGACACCAUAUUGGAUGGCACCUGAAGUUGUGACUAGGAAAGAAUAUGGGCGAAAGGUCGACAUUUGGAGUUUAGGAAUUAUGGCGAUAGAGAUGAUUGAAGGAGAGCCACCUUACCUAACAGAAUCGCCGCUUCGUGCUCUAUAUUUGAUCGCGACGAAUGGGACACCACAUCUGAAGGAACCAGACCAAUUGUCUGUACAACUCAAAGACUUCUUAAACAAAGCCUUAGAAGUUAGUCCGGAUAAGAGACUGUCAGCGGGUGAAUUGCUUCAGCAUGUGUUCCUUCAAACCGCGGAUCCUCUAUCUAGCUUGGCACCUCUGGUAAAAGAGGCACGGAAAGCUAGAGCUCAGGAACGACAAAGGUGA